AACUAUCUGCCUCUUUUCCCCUUGAUUCUUGAUUCUGUUCGAGUAUUAGCGAAAGAAGACACCCCUGUGAUAAGAUGCAUAUGACUGGGGUGGCCUCAUUGGCCGGUCUCCUCCUGGCGGUGACCUUUUGUAAUGCAACGACCUUGGACCCUCUAUGGACUGCUGGGGAGCGGGGACCAGAUCCAAGUCUGGUUACUCCUCAAUGUGUGGACGCUGGCGACUGCAACAUGUGUAAGUUCUUUGGGUGGAUCGCUCAUCGUCAGAACUGCGAUGCCAGCGUCACGGAGUUGCUGAACCGUUACUGCGUGGCCACUGAUGCUAACUACAACUCCCUCUCCAGUACCGGAAAGGAGUACGCCACCUUAGUCAAAGCCUGCCAGAUCAAAGCUUUGAUUCCCUUCUACGGAACGUCUGCCGGAACUUGCUCCAAAAUUGAGUCUGUUGCGCAGCUCUCGUGGUUCGGCACGGCUGGUUCUCAUCUGAGCUGUCUCUUCCAGCAAGGUCUUCUCUGUGACCUCAUUAAGAACGAUCAGGACUUAGAAGUUUACUGGCAAAUUUAUGAAGAAUGUACCACUCCCGAAUCUGAGGCGAUAAUAACCUUCAUGCAAUCACUGGCCAAAGGAAAGUGUGAUGCCGCAGCCAGCAACAACCUGGAGGAUUUUAUUCAAGACAAAUUUGACCAGCCAGACCCUAACCAACCACCAGCCAAUCCCCCAGCACCAUCGAGACGACCACCAGGCAAUAACUCACCAUCGAGACGACCACCAGGCAAUAACCAGCCAUCGAGACGACCACCACCCAGUAACCCAGACCCUUGGACACCAGAACCAGCCAUUACCCCAGACCCAUGGCCUCAACCUCCCGCACGUCCCUCACCUCGACCUCGACCUCCUGUAAGACGCCCAAAUAAAAACAAGAACAAAAACAAAAACAAGAACAAGAACAAGAACAAGAACAAGAAUAAGAAUAAGAACAAGAAUAAGAACAACAAAAACAACAAUAAGAAUAAUAAUAGACGGCCAACUCCCCCUACUCCUAGGGUUCCUCCCCCUUACAACCUUCACUACUGGUAAACGGGUGGAUAAGCAGACCCCACAGUUUGUAAAAUGUUUGUUUGAGUUUUAUUUGAAGUCGGCAGAGAAUACCCAUGUAUGAGCUUAAGAAUCAGUCCUUCUGGUUCGACGCUGUUAAUUUUGUCCUUUUUUGGAGAUGAACGUAUCUGUGCGCUUGUUUUACUGCGUUCGAAAUAAAUUCUGCUUUGCUAUUAUUAAUUCA